AUGGCGACAGAGCACCAUGCGCGAACACGAGCUGCAGUGGUCCUCCAUACCCUCCGCGGCUCUAUGGCCACCCUGGCCCUGGCCGUCUCGUCGCUGCUGCUCUUGCCGGCCGCCGAAGCGGCGGUGAUCAGCAGCAUCGACACCGUGCCCAAAGGCUGGUCGGUGGCUCCAGCGGCCAAGAUCAACGCCCGGACUUCGUCGGCGCAGGUCUUCACCAUUGCCUUGGCGCUGCAGAACAUCGAUCAGCUCGAGUCGCACUUGUUGUCGGUCUCGUCGCCGAACAGCGCCAGCUACGGUGCCCACGAAGAUGUGGAAGGGAUCACGGCCAAGUAUGGACCCUCGGACGAGGCCGUGCAGGUCGUGACAGCUUGGCUCAAGAGCAGCAGCGCCGUCCAGACGUUCUCGGUGCGCGACGGUUUUGUCGACGUGGCCGCGACCGUUGACGGCGCCAACACCCUGUUCAACGCCUCGUACGACUUCUACACCCACGAGGCCAAUGCGGCCACCACGAAGCUGCGCACGCUGUCGUACUCCGUGCCCGACCACGUGGCUGCCCAUGUCGCCCUUGUCGACCCCGGCAACUACUUUGGCAAGACCGCGGCGUUUGCACCGCGCCGUGGUGCCCCCGCCCCCGUUCCGGCCUCUAAGACGGCUAGGUCCCCGAGCCUGGUCAAGGCUAGGGGCACGUCCACUACCAUCGAUGCCGCCUGCUCGACUUCCAUCACACCUGCCUGCCUCAAGCAGCUCUACAACGUCGGCAACUACACGCCCGACGCCAGCUCCGGCUCGCGUGUCGGCUUCGGCAGCUUCCUCAACCAGUCGGCCCUUUACGCAGACGUGUUCACGUACGAGGAGCGGAACGGCAUUGCGGCACAGAACUUUACCGUCGAGCUCAUCGCCAACGCCACCAACGACCAGGACAAGUGGACCGCAUCCGUCGAUGAGGCCAACCUGGAUGUCCAGAACAUCAUCGGCGUCUCGCACCCGCUGCCCGUCAUCGAAUACAUCACUGGCGGCUCUCCACCGUUUGUCGCCGACAUCGACCUGCCCUCGGCUGCAGAAAACCAGAACGAGCCGUACCUGCCGUACCUCAGCUACCUGCUGGCCAAGUCCAACAGCGAGCUGCCCCAGGCAAUUUCCAACUCGUAUGGUGACGAGGAGGAUUCUGUCCCGUACAACUACGCCAAUUACACCUGCAACCUUAUCGGCAUGCUGGGUCUGCGCGGAAUCACCGUGCUGCACUCGUCUGGCGACAUGGGUGUCGGUGCUGGCUGCCUGGCCCCCGACAACACCACGGUCGAGUUCAACCCCAUCUACCCGGCCACGUGCCCGUACGUGACGGCUGUCGGCGGCACCGUCAACGUCUCGCCAGAGAUCGCCUGGAAGGGCUCUUCCGGCGGCUUCAGCAAGUACUUCCCGCGGCCGUCCUACCAGGACAAGGCUGUCAGCGAGUACCUCUCCGAUCACGUGAACGCGAGCACGGUCAAGUACUAUGCCCCGUACACCAACUUCAGUGGCCGUGGCUUCCCCGACGUGUCUGCUCACAGCGUUUCGCCCGCCUACGAGAUCAUCUACUUCGACCAGCCAGGCCCGUCGGGCGGCACCAGCGCUGCGGCGCCUGUUUGGGCUGGCAUUGUCGGCCUGCUGAACGACGCCCGCCUGCGUAGCGGCAAGUCCACUCUGGGCUGGCUCAACCCGCUGAUCUACACCUAUGGACCUUCGGUUCUCAACGACAUCACGGACGGCUAUUCCGUUGGCUGCAACGGUGUCAACUACCAGACCGACCAGUACGAGCCGGCUGGCGCUGGCAUCGUGCCGGGCGCUCACUGGAACGCGACCGUUGGCUGGGACCCUGUCACCGGCUACGGCACGCCUAACUUCGAGGAGCUGAAGAAGGUGGUGCUCGGGCUUUAG